GGACGGCCCAGAAAGAGGAUAACUGGGGACAAAAUGCGUGUCCAAACUUCAAAUGUCUGAACAAAAAAGCUGUCAUUUUCUCCGCGAAAAUGUUCGAACAUCUAAGUCCCGUUGCCCUUAUUCACCACAUGUUGAGAGAAACCUUAUAAUUCCUCCCAAAUAUUUCUCUAUUUCUUCGCCCAGAAUCCAGAUACCUUCACCCUGUCGCUGAUUUCUUAUCCCAGCCGAAAUUUCUCAAUAAAUUUGUAUAACUAUUUUAUUGAUUUGAUUUGAUUCUUUACCAGGUUGAUUUGUUUUUGGCUAUGGCAUCCGGUUCACCAACUGUGAAUAAGAUCGAGAGGGCUCACCAGAUGUACAGAGAAGGCAAGUACGAGGAAGCGCUGGAUUUUUACACCGAGGCGCUUUCUAUGGCCAAGAUCAAGCCCCAAAGGGUUGCCCUUCACAGCAAUCGUGCCGCGUGUUAUCUCAAACUCCACGAUUUCAAGAAGGCAUCAGAAGAAUGUACCUCAGUGCUCGAGCUUGAUCACAAGCACACAGGAGCAUUGAUGUUGCGUGCCCAAACCCUAGUCACCUUGAAGGAGUACCAUUCAGCACUUUUUGAUGUCAACAGGCUCAUUGAGUUGAACCCAUCUUCAGAAGUGUAUAAAAAUCUUCAAGCCCGUCUGAAGUCACAAUUGUCACUUGCUCCAAUACCUGAAGAUGAGGCGGAACUAGAAGAGGAUGAUGAAUUGGUUGAAAAUAAGGAAGAAGAACAUGGUGAAAAAGAGAUAGAGGUUGGUGAAAGUCAAGAAAAAGAUGUAAUGGAAUCAGGAGGGGCAAGCCAGCAAAGAGCUGCAUGUGAAAGUGCCAUUCCAACAGAGGAAGCUAUUACCUCCAAAAUUCAGAGCAUGCAAAAGCCAUCCGAUCAACAGUCAGGCUGGCAGGCAAUACCAAAACCGAAAGGGCACUCUCAGCUUGAUUACUCGCGUUGGGACAGAGUUGAAGAUGACUCUAGUGACGAAGAAGAUGAUGACCCCGACGAAGAGGAGUCUCUGCCUCAAUACCGUUUUCGCGUUAGAACUGUUGGUGUAAGGGCGGUUAAAUGAAAUGGCAUAGCCACACAGACAUGUAAUCAUAUCUUCUCUCGAUUAUCUCUCUGUAGAUUUCUAUCCAGAGAUAAAAAUUCUUACAGAUGAAGAAAGGCUUCAUUGCAUUAUCCUGACUGCUUUUUUUAUGGAAAUCUUCAUUUGAUGACAACUCUUAUCUAUAAUGUGAAGAUUUGGAAUAUCCAUGUACCUGCUAUACAUACCUGUACUCUGAGAUUGAAACUGAGCAAUCGGGCAUUGUGCACAUCCAACUUGAACAUUUAUGCUACCUGUUCUGUUGAGACAAAUGGCUCUGCUACUGAACCAGUCAACCUGCGGAGAGUGUUCUCUUUUUAACCUAACUCUGUUGUUCCUUUGCAGGAUUCUCCGUAAGCAGUACUAUUGGAGACUGGACAAUACUGUGAAAAAGAUUUAUCCUUAUUUCUAAUAUUUAGUAUUGUAAAGUCUUGUCCAAUGUUGUGUACCGAAGAUACAGCUAGUUUUGCCUGUAAGUUUGCUAUCUUGGAUUAUUCACUGAGUGCAUGUUUGGUAUGCAAUAGCUAGUGUCACUACCUGCAUAAUAAAGAGAGUCAAGCUUGUUUGAAGUUUGAACAUGGAAUUGUAUGCUAUCUGUGUUAUUAGACCUGUAUGGAUUCUCUUGUCAAUCGUGUAACUUUUUGUACUCUC